CAUUUCCUCCGUAGCCCUCUACCUCCCCACCGCCUGCACUGAAGCGGAUGAAAACAAACACUAAGGAUGGCGGCGCCGGGCAGUGACUGUUUGCUGGCUUAGGGCGGGAGAGAUCUCUUGACGUGUGACGGGGAAGCUCUGAGAAAAACCAGUCGACACCAGUCCGAUAGCUUUUUCAGUUCUGGGAUCCGGGAGCCUCGUUAGCGUGAGAUAUCUCUCUGCGACCUGUGCUGUCACUACCGCCCCGGAGCGCGGAACCCUCUGCCGGGAGGUGCAGUUGGCCGGCCCCAGGCCCCGGCCUCCGGAAUGAGAGCCCGGAGCCACUCUCUGUGCCGUAGCUUUGCAGGUUCCAGCAGGCAAUGGAAACUGAACUCAGCUCCCAGGACAGGAAGGACCUGGACAAGUUUAUUAAGUUUUUUGCCCUCAAGACUGUCCAAGUGAUUGUCCAGGCUCGACUUGGAGAAAAGAUUUGCACCCGCUCAUCAUCUUCCCCAACGGGUUCAGAUUGGUUCAAUUUAGCAAUCAAAGACAUCCCAGAAGUCACCCAUGAAGCAAAGAAGGCCCUGUCAGGGCAGCUGCCUGCUGUGGGGCGAUCUAUGUGUGUGGAGAUCUCACUCAAGACUUCUGAGGGAGAUUCUAUGGAGUUGGAAAUUUGGUGUCUUGAAAUGAACGAAAAGUGUGACAAAGAAAUCAAAGUUUCCUACACUGUAUACAACCGAUUGUCACUGCUGCUGAAGUCUCUUCUCGCUAUUACAAGGGUGACACCAGCCUAUCGACUCUCCAGGAAGCAAGGGCAUGAGUAUGUCAUUUUGUACAGGAUUUAUUUUGGGGAAGUUCAGCUGAAUGGCUUAGGAGAAGGCUUCCAGACAGUUCGAGUUGGAACAGUGGGCACCCCUGUGGGCACCCUCACUCUUUCCUGUGCUUAUAGAAUGAACUUGGCAUUCAUGUCCACCAGGCAAUUUGAGAGGACCCCACCUAUCAUGGGGAUUAUCAUUGAUCACUUUGUUGACCGCCCCUAUCCCAGCUCUUCUCCUAUGCACCCCUGCAAUUACAGAACUGCUGAGGAUGCAGGAGUCACAUACCCAUCAGUGGAAGACUCUCAGGAAGUGUGUACCACAUCUUUUUCCACAUCCCCUCCCUCCCAGUGUGUGUUUACUGUCACAAAGGCACAUUUUCAGACCCCUACUCCUGUGGUGACGGACACUCUGAGGGUCCCCAUGGCAGGACUGGCCUUUUCCCAUCAACUCUCAAGCUCUCGCCUUUCCUAUCAGCCUGCUGUCCUGGGCCUUGGAUCGGCUGACCUGGCUUAUCCAGUAGUGUUUACUGCUGGCUUAAACACUGCACACGCUCACCAGCUGAUGGUUCCUGGAAAGGAAGGCGGGGUAACUCUUGCUCCCAGCCACCCUGCUCAUGGUGCCCAGGCUGAUCCCGAGAGACUGGUGAUGCACAUGCCUUCUGAUGGGACCCAUUGUGCCGCCACGCCCUCAAGCAGUGAGGACACUGAGACUGUGUCUAACAGCAGUGAAGGACGGGCCUCACCCCAUGACAUCUUGGAGACUAUCUUUGUCCGAAAAGUGGGAGCAUUUGUCAACAAACCCAUCAAUCAGGUGACUGUGACGAGUUUGGACAUACCUUUCGCCAUGUUUGCUCCCAAGAAUUUGGAGCUGGAGGAUGCUGAUCCUAUGGUGAAUCCCCCGGAGUCCCCAGAGACCACAUCUCCCCUCCAUGGCAGCCUGCACUCAGAUGGCUCCAGCAGGGGCAGCGGGGGCAGCACACAUGACGACUUUGUUAUGAUUGACUUUAAGCCAGCUUUUUCUAAAGACGACAUUCUUCCAAUGGACCUGGGGACCUUUUACCGUGAAUUUCAGAACCCCCCUCAGCUGAGCAGCCUCUCCAUAGAUUUUGGAGCUCAGUCUAUGGCGGAAGACUUGGACUCCUUACCAGAGAAGCUGGCUGUGCAUGAGAAGAAUGUCCGAGAAUUCGAUGCCUUUGUGGAAACCCUGCAGUAAAAGUGUCCCGAGUGUCUGCAGCGCCCCCUUUCUGUGGACCCAGCAGAGAACCUCCUUUUCCUCAGCUGCUCCCUAGCCUUCAUGCUGGGUCUGGCCAGGGAAAGACAGGGUGGCUCCCCUAUGGGACCUACAAGUCCCUGCUCUUGAACUUCCUGGAGACUCAUGGCAGCAGUCAGGCCCAGUGCCGGACUUGGCGAAGGACUCGGGCCUUGGAGUUGGAAGCUGGCUGUAACAGAGCCUCAGCAAGGACUGUCCUCAGCUGUUCUUCCUGCUACCAGCCUCCUGCCUGGGUCUACCCUGAGGCCAGCCCUACCUGCUUGUCCUUACCAUCAACCACCUGACAUUCCAGCUGGUGGCUGGGACGCUGGGCAAGGCAGAAAGAGGAAGAAAACCAAGGAGACCAAGCCGGGCGAAGGAGGGCCCUGCGUCACUUCCUGGACCACCCUGCUCUCCCACCCAUCUUUCUCCCUUCCCUUCCUUCCAUCUUCAUUUACUCCCUUUCUCCCACCUUCUUUCUCCUUUUCAUCUCCCACUUUCCAUCCCUUGCCUUCCUGGGCCUGUGCUUUUGGGCAAUCUGCCUAAAAUGACAAGUAUUCCAAAGCUAGCCACCAUCUCCCAAAGGCUGCAACAGCCUGUUUGUAGAAUUUGUUAUUGAGAGUCACAGAAAGGUUCUUUCCUCGUUUUCCCUCAAUCGCUGCUGCGUGGAUAUAGACCAUGGUAAAUAUUUAUUACUUUAAGAGAAAUCAGAUAUUUUAUAGAAGUAUGUUUGGGGUUAGAAGUUCCACUGGGGAAGGAGAAGGAUUUCUUCUGGGAUGUCGGCCUCCAGUGAAGAUUGCUCAGUGCCUGUGCUGCUGCUCUGAGGAUACUCCUGUCACACCUAAGGAGAGAUCAGGAAUAAUCUGGCAAAGGCCAAGCGGCCCCCUCAGGCUGCGUGUAUAGAAGUGUGCAGGCAUUAGGCUUCCCUGGCACACUGGGAACCCCAGGAAAUCUCGGGUAUGUUCAGUGUGGUGACUCCUCAGAGUUGUGUUGCACAUGGUGCCCCAGGAGCACUGAGUGUCCUGCUGCUCAAGUCCCUGAGCCUGGAGCAGGACUAGGGAGCUCUUCCUCCUCCCUCUAGUCCCAGAGUCUGUACGAGGCCCUGGCUUUAUAAGCUGGAUUGGUUCCCCUUUAAGAAACCAAAGCUGAGCUUAUGGUUGACGUAAACCUUCAGGUUUGCUUGAGUGAGUCAAGUGCCUCUGCCAGCCUGCUCUGUUCCUCUGUCCCUGGAUCCUCACUGGCAGCAGCUGUUACGCAUUGGAGCAGGUGGCUCACAACUGCUUGUUAGUAAUCUGCAUGUAACACUGGAGCCUUUCCCCUGUGCAUGCUUUUGCUGCCACAGAGAAAUGUGCCCAGCGGUGGUGGCCAAAUGCCAUUGCAGCCUUUGGGUCAGGGGUACACUCAAGGCCUACUUAAACCAGAUAUCUCCCCCAGAGCCAGAACUGAAGGGGGGUGAGGGCACGGGUUCUUUGCAGGGCUCAGCCAGUGGCCUUUGCAGACAGCAGCCUUUAUGUCCCAGAUUAUUAGGAAAGAGGCCAGGGAAGCUGAGCAGAGCAUCCUUUAAGGUAGCCUAUGCUCUUCAGCCCUACACAAUGGAAGGGAUGGGCUCUAGACCAACGCAGCCAAGCUCAGGCUAGAACCAGGUAAGGCCCCUCCAGUGCUUUGUUGGGAAAUGAGAGCUACACCUGGAAAUAUAAUCAAGAGAUUUCCAAUAAAAAGUUUUCUGUACUUCAUA